AUGAGAGCCAUUGAAUACGAGCUGACACUCACACGAUCUGAGCCAUGUGGUGGCUAUUUGGAUGCCACCGACGCAGGCUACAUCACCACUCCCGGCUACCCACUCGAGUAUCCCCCCCAUCAGAAUUGCCGCUGGGUCAUUACAGCACCAGAACCUUCUCAGCGCAUCGUGCUCAACUUUAACCCACACUUUGAGAUCGAGAAGCUGGACUGCAGGUAUGACUACGUUGAGAUCCACGAUGGCAACUCUGAGACAGCUGACUUGCUGGGAAAACAUUGCAGCAAUAUUGCACCAGCACCAAUCAUUUCAUCUGGACCCGCCCUGCACAUCAAAUUUGUGUCCGACUAUGCCCACCAGGGAGCAGGCUUCUCGCUGCGCUAUGAAAUCUUCAAAACUGGUUCCGACUGUUCCAGAAACUUCACAAGUCCCUCAGGUCUCAUUGAAUCUCCUGGGUUCCCUGACAAAUACCCCCACAACCUGGAGUGCUCCUUCAUCAUUGUCGUGCCCCCCAGCAUGGACGUGAGCCUCACUUUCCUCACCUUUGACCUGGAGAAUGACCCUUUGCCUGGAGCAGAGGGGGACUGCAAGUAUGACUGGCUUGAGGUUUGGGACGGCCUUCCUGGAGUGGGCCCACUGAUUGGUCGAUACUGCGGGACCAUGGUACCACCAGAGAUCCAAUCAUCUACUGGAAUUCUCUCUCUGUCCUUCCACACCGACAUGGCAGUGGCUAAAGACGGCUUCUCGGCACGCUACAACAUGACGCACAAGGAAGUCAGUGAGACGUUUCAUUGUAGUAAUGCUUUCGGCAUGGAGUCUGGAAAGAUCACCGAUGAACAGAUUACAGCUUCAUCAAGUUUUUAUGACGAAAACUGGCUGCCACAUCAGGCCAGACUCAACUACAACAACAAUGGAUGGACACCCAAUGAAGACAGCAACAGAGAAUACAUACAGGUGGAUCUCUACACAUUAAAGGUGAUCACAGGGAUCUCCAUGCAAGGCGCCAUUUCCAAGGAGACGCAAAAGUCAUACUAUGUAACCACUUUCAAGAUGGAGGUCAGCACCAAUGGCGAGGACUGGAUGGUUUACAGACACGGCAAGAAUCAUAAGGUUUUCCAUGCAAAUACAGACGCCACUGAGGUAGUCCUCAAUCGGAUCCCUCAACCAGUACUGGCCCGCUUCGUGCGAAUUCGCCCUCAAUCAUGGAAAAACGGCAUCGCUCUACGGUUCGAGCUUUACGGCUGUCAGAUUACGGAUGCUCCUUGCUCAGAUCUCCAAGGCAUGCUGUCCGGAUUAUUAGCAGAUUCACAAAUAUCAGCGUCGUCCAUGAGGGACAUUCACGGCUCCAUGGGCGCAGCCAGACUAGUGGCAAGUCGCUCAGGCUGGUUCCCCAACCCAACACAGCCCAUUGCUGGAGAAGAAUGGCUGCAGGUGGAUCUCGGCGUGCCCAAACUGGUGCGUGGGGUCAUCACCCAGGGGGCAAGAGGUCUAGAAGGCAGCACCAGCGCUGAGAACCGAGCUUUUGUCCGGAAGUACAAACUGGCUCACAGUUUGAAUGGAAAGGAUUGGACGUACAUCGCGGACAGUAAGACAGGCUUUGCAAAGAUUUUUGAGGGCAACAGCCAUUAUGAUACACCCGAGGUGCGGCGCUUUGAAGAGAUAAUGACUCAAUACAUCCGAGUAUUUCCCGAGAGGUGGUCCCCUGCUGGAAUUGGCAUGAGGAUGGAGGUCCUUGGUUGUGACCUGCCAGAAACAACUACUAUGCCUGACACAGCGACCCCCACACUGCCAAGGGUGGAACAGUCCACUGCAGCAAUGAGACCUGCCACCACUCCAUCGCUGUGGUCGGUGUGCGACUUUGAACAGAGCUUGUGCGGCUGGUCUGCCGAUCCCCAAUCAGGCGUCAGCUGGUCCUUGCACACCGCUGGGAGCAGCGCUGCGGGGCAUGGCCCUCAUGAAACCAGGCUGGAUUUAACACUGGGAUCAGAGAAUUUGUCAGGCAACUACCUCCACCUGGACGCGGGGGCUCACACCCAGCGGAAGCGCGCCAGGCUCCUGAGCCCGGAGGUGGCCCCCGAGCAAGGCCCGCUCUGCCUGGUCUUUUACUAUCAGCUGCAAGGGGAGGCUCAUGCAAGCCUGAGGGUCCUUUUGAGGGACAACGAUCAGGAGGAGACGCUUCUGUGGUCUUUGAAAGGAGAUCAGGGCACUCACUGGAGGGAGGGCCGCACUGUUUUGCCACAAAGCCCCAAGGAAUAUCAGGUGGUGUUUGAAGGUUUUUUUGAGCAUCCGACCAGAGGCCACAUUAGAAUAGAUAACAUUCACAUGAGCAACACCAUCAACCUGGAGCAGUGCACACAGAGUUUCCACCCGUUGACUCCUGACAUAACAAAUCCCAGGCCGAUGGAUUUCGGAAAAGAUGCCGACUUCAACAAGCCUUCUGUGAAUGAAGAAUAUUUAUUCCCCGGAUGGCCCUCCCCCUUCUCCACGCCAGCCUCGGCCAACGCGGACCCCUCGUCCGUCACCCUGGUGUCCGAGAGGGACAAGGACAACACCUGGCUGUACACCUUGGACCCCAUCCUGCUCACAAUCAUCGUGAUGAGCUCUCUGGGCGUCCUGCUGGGCGCCGUCUGCGCCGGGCUGCUGCUCUACUGCACCUGCUCGUACGGCGGCCUGUCGUCACGCUCCUCCACCACGUUGGAGAACUACAACUUCGAGCUGUACGACGGCAUCAAACACAAAGUCAAGAUCAACCAGCAAAAGUGCUGCUCGGAAGCUUGA